AUGAAUUUUACAUCCUCUGCUUUGCCAAAUUUCCAUAUGAAUUCGCAAAGUAGUAAAAGAGAAGAACGUCUUCCUGCAGUGAAACGCCUAUUUGAGUCUAUUGAUCACUCGGUAGCAGGAUCCGGCAAUAAGUUGUUAUCCACCUCUUCGCAGCAACCACAGCUGCCUACUCCCCCUGAGCUAUUACAUGAUUCAGAAGAAGAUGAUGAGGAAUCGCUUUCCACACCUUCUUUAUCUUUAUCGCCCAAGCAGUCUUACAUGAAAGAUCAACAAAUCAAUAUUCGUCCAAAUUACAAUAAAAAUAGAUCGUAUUCGCAUAGUUAUGUCCGCCCUCUUAUAUCAUUUUCCCAACAAGCACGCCAACAACAGCAGCAGCGUCACCGUAGAAAAUCUGUUCCUUACAAAUCUCCUUCAGUUGUUCUGGACCCGUUCCAGGCGUCUUUAUUUGACAAAAGUAUCGUAUUUCAACUGAAUGUACUACCUCAUAAUAGCAACAAUCAUCAGUCAACAAUUAUUAGCAGUAGUACUACCGCUAAUGCAGUAGCGGAAACAGUGCCGAUGAUGAUGAAUCCUGCUCAAAAAGGGAUUAGCCGGUCUCCAUCUUCCAAUCAAACCUGUCCAGAUUGCGGAGAUGCAUGUGACUUUAAAUGUACAUCAGAAGUGAUCUGUGGGCAAUCCCUCUUAUCAGCUCUCCGUAAAAGGGUCGCUCAUGCCCGUACUUUACAGCAACAACAACAACAGCAGCAACAACAAGAAGCGUCAUUAUUACAACCACGCUUGUUACGUCGAAAACGUACGCGUGCCGCUAGUAUUAUUGAAAUUCCUCGAUCGCACCGUCGUAGCAGUGCUUCUUCUGAACACAGUAACAUCAUCACUACCACCACCACCACCACCACCACCCACACCGCCAACGCCGCUACGACGACUACUCCUACUGCUACAGCAGAUCAUCACACAAUAGAUUCAUCGGACGAUAUUCAACAUUAUCAAGAAAAUAACCACCAGUAUCAUCAUUAUGGUCCUCCUCCUGCAGCUACAGCUCCAGCAAAUGUCAUCUAUCCUAAUCAACAACAACAUCCUACAUGGAUAGAACAUGAACAAUACCCUUCGUUUUAUUCAGGGCAAGAAAACACGAGUGCCAAUGAAGAUCAGCAUCAAACAAAACGUUUCAAAAAGAUACCCACCACCCCCCGUCGCCAAUCAAGCCAUGGUGUCUCCUCAGGUCGUCCUUCGCGUGUUAAAGGACCUUGUCAAGCUUGUCAAGAGGCUUCUGAUGGUUGUAUGCGUAAAGCUUUCGAUUGGCCAUUCCCUGCUAGUCAAGCAUUCAACGAUAAAGGAAAGCCUUUUGUAUAUCUUUGCAAUAAAUGUGGAUUAAGAUAUAAUAAAAGUGGCGGCUGUGUUUGCCGUCAUUGUCGUUGGGUCUUUUGCAAGGAAGAGAAAAGAAAGGCAUUGCAACAUAUCGAAGCGAUGCGUAGAAACCGCCCUGACGGUUAUGUGGACCCUGACGAAGAUAUCGAAAACUUUGUCUGCAGCCCCAAAUAUUGGACAUGUGGUAAACCCUGGAAGGUCGGAUGGGUUCUGAACAAUGUUGAAGAGGAAGAAGAAGAAGCGGCUAGUAUGAACAAUGCCACUACUGUCUCCACGCCUGUUUCCGUACAUGUAUAA